AUGUACCCCAAAAUGAAGUAUAGGGGUGGCAAGGGCCCGAACCUGCGUGUAUCCUUCAUCACCUACUCCUGUAAGGGCAACAUCAUCUUGCCGCUCACUUCUGACAGGGGAGAAAUUCAGAGGGGUCUGGACAGACUGAAGUACAGUAUCCCUGCGGGGACCCGGAUCCCGCACAAAGGGUUUGAGAAGGCAAAUGUUCAGCUUGAAAGAUCCAACUCUGGAGCUGUCCAGAUUCCAAGUGUCAUCAUCUCUGUGAUUUCUGAUAUUUUGGACGACAGACGGUAUGAUAAGGCAAAGGCCGAGGCUGACAAGGCUCGGAACUCGGGGGCAACCAUUUACACUGUGGGUGUGGAAAAUUAUGACUACGUCAUUGAUGCUGAGGACUUGUAUCCCAAAAUAAAAAAGGAGGAAGUCUUCUGUAGGUUCAAGUUCAAUGCCACUGGUAUCGUUGAUCAACGAGCCAAGAAUGUGGACAAAACUGGCAUAACGUGUGGUGUACCGGUGAUAUAUGAGGCUGGGCGAGAGAUCUUUGUGAAAGUCUCCGUGGACAACGGGAAGAGUUUCCUGGAUAUCAGCUUUAGGUUUACCAGCAUCGACUGUGGUCCCUUGAUCUUGUGCAACUUCAGUCACCCCAGCUGCCACCAGGUAUCGAUGACAUUGCCUCCGUCCAGUGACCAGGGCAGCUGCAUCAACUUCAACCUCCUGAAGGUGCUCUGUGCCCAGGGCCACUGGGACCCCAAGAUUGGUCUUCAGCCCAGUCUGGACAACCUCCCUAUAGCCUACUGCUCCCAGUGCCACCACCCUGAAGCCUGGAGUGCCAGCCGCAGGAGCCCAUCACCCCUGUCCUGCGACUGCGGGCUGGAUCCACAAGUGGCCAGCGCCGGGCUGAGGAAGCAGGCGCACUCCCCCGGCGAGUUGUCAGCUCACUUCACUCUCCGCCAGAUCCCGCCCUCCGGAGGGCUGCCCUGCAGGGCCCCGGGCAGACCAGCCCUUCAGAGCUCACACCCUGCAACUGAUGGCUGGUGGAACAGGUACUUUGCUCAGCUUAUCCAGGUUCUGCUGAUCACCAUGGCUGCUGGGAAGAGGACACCCACGAGCCCUUCAGCUGAAAACAGAAGACAGCUGUGUGAAUCUGAGCAGGAUCAGAGUUAUAAGCCAGUGCUGCUAGAGAAAACGAACUGCCUGGGCCCCGAGGCUGCCACUGGUAGAGGUGCCCAAGAUGUGCUUUGUGCUGAGCUGGCCCUGUCAACAUCAGCAGGAAAACCCAGACCAGGCAAGCCUCUUCCAUGGAAGGCUUGCAAGGGGGAGAGGCCCAGCGCCUUCAUGGAGCUACCAAGACCACAGGAGAGACUGGGGGGCAGCCACGCCCAGGACAGGGAAAGUGAGGUUCCUGCAGGCCACCCUGACCCGCAGCAGCUGACCCCAGAUGUCCCCAGGGCCCUGGCCUCCGGUGUAUGGCCUGGUGCAGCCCGAGGGGAGCAGAGAAGUGCUUUUAGUAAACCCACCAAGCGCCCAGCAGAGAGGCCUGUCUUCCAGGACACCCUGGGUGAGCUGUCUGGACUCCUCCAUGCUAUGGAUGUCCCUUGUUGGAAUGGACUGUCAACUUCCAAGCUGGUGGUGAGGGACCUCUGGAAUUUACAGACAGUGUCACAGAACACUCUACUUUGCAGUGCUUUCCCGGGUGCCCCCACACUGUGGCUGGAGCCUGCACAGGCCCGGGGGGGUCCCAUACCCUCUGCAUCCCGCUCACUCCCCUCGAGAGCCAUCCUUCCACCCACACUUGCUUCCCUGGGCUUGUCCACCCAGAACUGGUGUGCUCGGUGCAGCUGUUCCUUCCGCCUGACCUCUGACCUGGUCUUCCACAUGCGCUCCCACCACAAGAAGGAGCUUGUGGGGCCAGACCUGCAUCCUAAGCUGCGGAGGCAAGAGGCGCUUGCCUGCCCCGUCUGCCAUGAGCACUUCCGGGAGCGCCACCAUCUUUCUAGGCACAUGACUUCACACAGUUAG